AGUCAAACAAAGAGUCUUCAAGCAAUCACAAUGAACUUCAAGUACAGCUGCGUUCUCCUUCUGGCCUUUUUCGCCGCCAGCCAGGCCUACAGCGCCUCCUGGGGCAAGAAGAACAGCAACGAUUAUCUGCUGUCCCGCCAAACGGAGGUGCGUAACCCAAUCAAGAACAACUACUGGAACGUCAACGUGGACUUCCCCCGUUCCGGCACCACCAACAUGUAUAACAUAACCUUUGUCAAUGUGAUCGAUAACUUCCGCAACAGCUCCGGUGCCACGCCCAGUCUGUGGUCCGGUGGUCCCGGCUAUCGCUUUGUCCAAAUCAAUCUGCGCAGCCUGGUUAGCCAGGGCAUGGACUCCACCGUUGAGAUCUGGGGACGCUAAGCUAUUACUGGCCCCGACACGAAACUCGUUUGACUAUUCGCAUCCAAACCAUAUCUAGAAAAAUACAAUAAAUAUAAAAAAAAAAAAACAAUAAACUCAAAAUAUAAAGAAAGCUAUCGAAAAAUGCAAAA